AACAGUGUGCCGCAGAAGAUACCAACACCAACUAUUGGUAUCCGCCAGCAGAACUCACGCGCUACGCCGAGAGUACGAACUCCACAUUUUGGCACAGUUCGCCCCCGCGGACUCUACUCUAACUCCACUCCACUACACUCCACUACACACACACUAUCGCAGCCGUAGAUGUUCGUCGUCUAUGUGGAGUGCAAAAAGUCGAUUUUUCGCUAACAAAAAGUGUCCUGUGUGGGCAAAACUUUAAAUGGCCCGGGCCAUAAAAGGAGAUUGCCAUAGUUGCGACUUGCAGCGGAAGAUGUCCUGCGAGGAGCUUCCGCGUCCGAGCUGCUGAGCUCGUCGGGACGAGAAAAGUUUGUGCCAGCCAAGUGCCCGUAUCCCCAGAAAAAAGCAUCCCCCUGCCGCUGCUGCUGUGAUGAGAUUGGUGAUAAUGACUGCAACCAAAGGCCCCCAUGUAUCCACAUAAAAGCGCAAGUCGCAAACAGUCAACACACACCACAUUAUCAUAAGUAGUAGCCACGUCCAAGCCACAGAGGUAUUCACUGCCACGCACAACGACGGCUCAUCCUCGCGGAACGGGAGGAUCAGGAGCGACAGGAUCUGGAGUGCCCAGCGACGCAGAGGCAAACUAGUCGUCCCACAUGGCGGGCUGGCGAGGACGAGGGCUACGUGCCAUACUGCUGGCCGUGCUCACGUUACUCACGGUCACCCAGUCGGUGCGCAUCACCAACCUGCGAGUGCCACGCACCUACACGCUGUUCCGGGACCACGAACCCGAUCCUCUGGUGCUCGACUGCGAGGUGGAGAUCGGGCCGCGGGAGCAGGGAUUCGUCCUCAAGUGGCUGUUUAACAACCACUCCAUCUACCAGUGGAUACCGUCGGUCAAGGGGUUCGCCAUGGGCUUCAUGAAGUCGAAGAUAGACACCAAAAUAUUCACUAUGGAGGGCAGUCCCGGUGUUAUAUCGAUAAAGAAUCCCGACUGGAACAUGACGGGGGAGUAUACCUGUGCGGUGCAGACCUUCGAGUCCACGGAUAAGCGGAGUGCCCGCCUGCAAAUAAUCGUUCCUGAGUCGGAUUUCAUGCUGGAAGCGCGGAUGAGCGGCUCGCGUAUGGACGUCGACGUCAUGUGUGCUGUCCAGCACGUCUUUCCGCAACCCAUGCUGUCGGUCAUGUUUGACACCCACAUACUGGACUCGGUGCUGACGCAGUUGGACCAGGACCCCAGUGGCCUCUAUAGCAUGACCGUACGCACCCGCAUUCCUAGAGAUCAACUCGCGUCCCCCACCCCGAUCACCUGUGCGUUUAUCCUAGUUGGCACCAACUACACCAAGCGCCGGGAGACUAUUUUUUAUGAUAAGGCCUCAACUAUACAACGCAAGUGGACAACGGUCGCCGUAGUCAUGUCCAUCGCAUCCUUAGCUCUAAGCAGUUAGUUUGGUAGAGUCCUUUUAUGUAGGCUACAUUUGUUUUUAUGUUUGAACUAGGAACUUUGAUACUCCUUAAUUUUUAAUAGACUUUUAAUGGAUAAACGUAAUUUUUUGCGGUAUUUUUAAAAAAAAGCGCUUAUUUUGUACAUGCAUGUAUUUGUAAGGAUAACGAAACACAAAGACAAAAACAAAAACAAACACCACAAUGCGUAAGCAAACGAACCCAUAAAGACAAAAAAAAGACAACAGUAAAGCAUAACAAGAAAUUCUUGUAUUCAUAUAUUUACCACAUAAAUAAAAUAUAUAUGAUAGUUAUAUACGAUGUAUAGGUCUAAUUGAGUACAGAAACGCUAAUAAAAAAAAUACGAAAAGAAACAUUAAAAGUGCAUUAAACCAACCUUCUUCGUCGUCGGUUUUCUUUGCUAAAACAAAUAAACAAAUUUUGAAAUUGUAUUUUUAUUGUAAAAUUACGCUGUAGAGCUUGGAAUCAA